ACAAUCGAUUUCGCGUUCUUUUUCGAAACAGUGCUGAUACAACUAUAUGCAGAAUGGAUCAUUGUGAGAAAGAGAAAAGAAAAGUUAAUCCAAGAGAAAGUGCCAAUAUUCUUUCCCUAAUCACUUUCUCAUAUGUGGUGGGCACAUUCAGAAAAGCUUUCAAACAUGAUCUCGAAGAAGAAGAUUUGUAUGAAGUUGUCGAAAUAUGUGGCUCGAAAAAAUGUGGAAAUAAACUGGAAGAGCAGUGGAAGUUAGAAAAUAAGAGGAGUUCUGAACCAUCUAUCUCGAAAGUGAUGUGGAAAGCAUUUGGCUGGAAAUAUACUUUGGUAUGUGCUGUAGAUUUGAGUUUCAGAAUAUCGAAAACAAUUUUGGAACCCUAUGCACUCACAAAUCUUAUUUCGUACUUCAAAGCAGAACAAACGACAAUGACAAGAAAUGAUGCUUAUUUUUACGCUGUUAUGUUGAUAACUAUUCAGCAAAUAUACCGUAUUUAUUAUAGCAACUACGUUAUUUGGGUUCAGCAACUGGGUGUUGAGAUAAAAACUGCAUUCUCUUCAUUUUUAUACAGGAAAGCUUUGAAACUGACACCUUCAGCUGUAUCAGAAAUUUCUCUAGGCAAUAUUGUGACAUUAAUAACGAAAGAUGUACAAAUAUUGAGAGAAUCUAUGUGGACUAUAAAUGAUGUUGUUAUUGGAAUCGUCCAGAUAGUUGUAGUUUGCUAUUUGAUUUUCUCAAAGAUUGGAGUAGCUUCAUUUGUUGGAAUUGGAAUAUUAUUUUCUUCCUUACCCUUUCUAUUGUUACUUGGAAAAUGGAUCAACAACCUGAGAAUGGCAGCAUGUGCGAAAACUGAUGAGCGAUUGCAAGUGACCCAGGAAACGUUGUCAACAAUCAGAAUAAUCAAAAUGUACACGUGGGAAAAAUUCUUCGGGGAGAGAAUCAAUACCGCCAGGAAUAAAGAAGCCCGUAGGAUGCUUCGAGCAUUAUUCUUGAGAACAGUCUUGAUUUUAGUGGGUAUCUUUUUUUCCAACUUGGGAUUUUACACACUGAUAAUAGCAUUUGCUUGGAUGGGGUGUUCAUCAGACGCCACUAUCGUCUUUUAUCUCCUAACAAACUUCAAUGAACUCAAAGAGACCAUUGGUAUCUCUAUACCCUGGAGUAUAGGCAAGUGUGCAGAACUGACGUCUGCAAUGGCGAGAAUAAAAAAAGUAAUCACUGCUGAAGAACUACAACCUACUAAUACACCAAAUACUUCGGUGAAUAAUCCAAUGGUCGAAGUAAAAGAAGUUACGGUUCAUAUAGGAUCUACUGAAAUACUGACUGAUUUGUGUCUGAAGGUGGAUUCGGGGCUCAUAAUUGUGACUGGCUCAGUGGGGUCAGGAAAAAGUUCUCUUUUGAAAACAAUUUUGCAGGAUUAUCCUGUGUCGAAAGGAAGGGUUACAUCUUUUGGUACUAUUUCGUACGCUUCCCAAGAUCCUUGGCUUUUUCCAUCUUCUAUUAGACAGAACAUUACAUUUGGUGGAGAUUUUGAUGAAAAACGAUAUCGAGAAGUUAUAAGGGUUUGUGCUCUUCAAUAUGAUUUCAAUCUUCUAGAAAAUGCUGAUGAAACCAUAGUUACCGAUAGGGGAAUGAAUCUUAGUAAAGGACAACAAGCGAGAAUAAAUUUAGCAAGAGCAAUCUACAAGGAAAGUGAUAUUUACCUAUUAGAUGAUUCUUUAAGUGCUCUAGAUGCUCAUGUCCAAGAUCACAUCUUCAAGGAAUGUGUGAAAAGUUACCUGAAAGAUAAAAUUGUUAUUCUAGUUAGCCAAACAGCUAACCAUAUUGACGAAGCAGAUAGUGUUGUGAUAAUGGAUAAAGGUCGAAUUAUCGAUUUUGGAAAACCGAGUGGGAAAAUACUGCAAGAAGUGAAAGAAAUUGUUCCUGAUGAUGAUGAUCUCGAGAAAGAAGUCAUUGAUGAUGAAGACAACAUUGAAACGGAUGAAAAUACAAAACUUUUGGAAACCGAACAAAUUUCAACCAGGAAGAGGAUAUACAAGGAAGUUAAGAAAGAAGGCAGUGUUUCUCUGGGUGUUUAUAAAAAAUAUGUCAUAUUCGGUGGAGGAUUUCUCUUACUCUUCGUGAACAUAGCUUUCGCAACUUCUGCACAAUUCACACAAAGUUACUCGGAUAAACUAUUGAGUCGAUGGGUUGAUGAAAAGCAAACUGUUCUCAACUUGGAACAGAACCUUGAAGGAUAUGAAGCAACUCGCCAGUCUAUGAAUUCGACAUUGAGCAAUAACCUGUACAAUAUCUCUGCAUUUCUGGAAGCUAAGACUAAGGAACAAAAAACUUUUGAAGUUUACUCAAUAAUGAUUUUCUCUGCUACUUUGACGGCACUGAUAACGUCUUAUGCAAAUUUCGAUUUUUGUAGGAGAGCAUCCAUAAAUAUUCAUAAGGCAUUGGUUGGUAGUAUUAUCAGAGCUGUUAUGUCUUUCUUCGAUACACACUAUAUUGGCAAUGUUUUGAAUCGAUUUUCUGCAGAUUUAGCACUGAUUGAUGAAAAUGUUCCUUUCAUCUCCCGAGACUGUCUAAGGACUAUAUUUUCUAUAAUUGGUCAUUUGAGUCUCUUGCUCUCUGUAGAUAUACAAUUACUGGUGUAUAUUUUGUUCGUUUUCACUUUAUUAUUGAUCCUCAGGAGAUUUUGUAUACCUGCUGCUAGAAGCUUGAAACGACUGGAGGCAUCGAGUCGAAGUCCUAUGAUCGGGCAUCUCAAUGCUUCACUAGAAGGUUUGACAACAAUCAGAGCUUACAAGGCAGAAGCAAUCCUUAUAGAUGAAUUCGAUCGACAUCAAGAUUUAUAUACAUCUGCGCAUUUCACUUCAUUGUGUUCAAUGAGAGGAUUUAUCUUUUUCAUGGAAAUUAUAGGUUCUACUAUGGUGACAGCAGUUAUUAUAAAGUUUCUUUUCUUUGCUACAGAUGUUAGCGCUGGCGAUGUGGGGCUUGCCUUAACGCAAGUGGCGAUGCUUGGUGGUUCUGUUCAAUGGGGACUUCGACAAUGGACAGAAUUAGAAACCCAGUUAACUUCUUUGGAACGAGUUUUGGAAUAUACUGAAAUUACUCCUGAGAAAGAAGGGGGAGAAGUACUAGAUGAUUGGCCAAGUAAAGGAAGUGUUGAAUAUGAGGAUGUUUCACUCGCUUAUAAUAAUGAAACAGUUCUUAAAAAUUUAUCUUUCGAAGUGGAACCAAAACAGAGAGUGGGCAUAGUUGGACGAACUGGAGCAGGAAAAUCUUCAUUGAUAUCUUCAAUUUUCAGAUUGUAUGAUGUUCAGGGAAAAAUAAAAAUAGAUGGCGUCAACAUCAGAAAUUUGUCACUGAAAUUCCUCAGGAAAAAGCUUGCUAUAAUACCACAAGAUCCAGUACUCUUCUCUGGUACAGCGCGUACAAAUCUUGAUCCAUUCAGAGAAUUUGAAGAUAGAGAUCUUUGGUCUGUUUUGGAGAAAGUGAAUUUGAAAAAAUCCAUAUCUGACCUGGAUUUAGUCAUAAGCAAUGCAUCAAACUUCAGUUCUGGACAGAAACAGCUAUUCUGUUUGGCUAGAGCUCUUCUCCGGCAAACCAAAAUCCUCAUUUUGGAUGAGGCAACUGCAAACAUGGAUCAUGAAACGGAUAUCAUGCUGCACAAAAUAAUAAAUCAACAUUUUCCAAAUUGCACAAUGUUCAUCAUUGCACAUAGGUUGCAUACUAUUCUGGAAUGUGACAAAGUGAUGGUUCUGGACAGAGGUGCUAUUGUAGAAUUCAACGAACCAUUGAAAUUACUGGAAAAUGAGAAUGGACUCUUCUAUAAAAUGGUAAAACAGGCGGGACUACUGAAUCAUUUAGAUUACCAGAAAUAAAUAGUUUUCCAAAUCUUUGUUCCAAUCACGAGAAUUUAUAUUUCUGAACGUAAAAAAUCACAAUGAGUUUUUAUUGAUUUUUGUUUUUCCCUUUAGAACUCUCCAAUAAAUGAAAAUUGAAAAAAA